AUGGAACUCAACCGAGAACAUUUUCGCGCCAUAAUUUGUUACAACUUUCAGAGACAAUUAUCGCAACAAGAAUGCCUUGCUGAGUUACUACCUGUUUUCGGCAACGAAGCGCCACAUAAUCUUAGCGACGAUCCCAAGGUGGGUGCACCAAAAACGGCAGUCACCCAGGAAAACGUCGAUGCUGUGCGCAAACUCAUCAUUGAAGAUAGACAUGUGACAUAUCGCGAGAUUGAGGCGUCCUUGAAGUUCUCAAAGACCUCAAUUCAAAAAAUGUUACAUGAAGAAUUAGGAGUAAGAACAUUAGUUUCUCCCAGGGUUAAUUGGUGUCAAAAAACGCUUGUCCGUUUCAAUUCCGGAAACUCUAAAAAUGUGUACAGCAUUGUUGGUGGUGACGAAUCGUGGAUUUACUGUUAUGAACCAGAAAACAAACGACAGUCGGCUGUUUGGGUGUUCCAAGGUGAAGAAAAGACAACAAAAAUGGUCGCGACAUUUGUGUCAAAAGCGGGUCAUAUUGCAACAAUUCCUCUUUAUGAGCAAAGAACUGUUACUGCGGAUUGGUAUACCACCAUUUGUUUGCCAAAAGUCAUCACCGAGCUUCGAAAAAUCAACCCCGAAAGAAGAAUCAUCCUCCACCAAGACAAUACAAUCUCGCACACAGCCCAAAAAACAAGGCAGUAUUUAACGGAAGAAAACGUGGAAUUAUUGGAUCAUCCUCCAUAUAGUCCCGAUCUAAGUCCUAACGAUUUAUUUACUUUCUCGAAAAUUAAAAACAGACUGCGUGGUCAAAGGUUCCAGUCACCAGAAGAAGCAGUUGACGCAUUCAAAAAUGCCUGCUUUGAAAAUUGGUUCGAGCGCAUGCAUAUGUGUAUUAAUCUUCGUGGUGAAUACUUCGAAAAACAAUAA